AUGCAGUCAGGUGCACGAGCAGGCGACCUUAACCCAACACCGGACAAGUGUCGCCGUGAUCGGGGGCCACGAAAACCCUCGGCGCACAGCCCUGGGACACCAGCCGCCCCGACCCCGGCACCCACACAUCACCUGGGGGACGCUCGGCAGUAUGUCACAGGGCCCCCUCCACCACAGACCCCCCCACCACAAUUACCACAAUCAUUUCAACAACAAUCCUUCGCGCCCCUUGCACCCCACCGGCCACGAAUGCCGCACCAUACGCCACCAUACCCGCCGCGGCCACAAUCACAGUUGCCCGUCACCGUGGCGGCGCAGCGGCCAGACUUAAUCACAGUGAUCAGGGCUAAGCGCGUGUGCGAAUUAAGCGUGUGGAAAUGA